AAUUGAUUGACAGAGCACAUGUUGAACCACUUCAUUUAAAAAAUAACGCAUGUGCUUUAGCACAUCAUUAUAUUUUAAAUCAAGCGAUUGAAAUGUCGAAACCUAAUUUACCAACUUCUUUUUCUCAGGUUCCACCAAAAACUCCACUUUUCAAGUUCAUCGAUGCUUUAAGAUCUAAGUGCAGUUUGAAUAGACUGGCGAAGAGGAUCAUCAAGUGGUAUGACGAGAAUGCUGUGACUGACGGCAGUACGUUCACCUAUCGAUUUACAGGUACGGAUUCACGAAUGUUUUUACAUAAUUUUAUGUUUCUCAUCGAUGUACUUGAAAAUGGUGUUUCCGGUAAGGCUAGUGAAUUGCUCCACGUUCAUGCAUAUCUUUGUCUUUGCUUGCAAAAUGGCGUUUCUUUGUUCAGUCGUGUGAACAUUACAGACGAGCAAUUACGAGAAUUAAAGCAACACUGUACUAACUUUUAUCGUGGUUACUGGUUGUUCUUCAAGGUUAAUCCUACUGUCUGGACCCCCUGGGUUGUGUUGUUCCAGCUCACACCCAGGAAAUGA